AUUGACAUGGCUCUUGUGAACUCCAUACCGGUCAAGGGAAUGAUGAUGAUGACGAUGAUGAUGAUGAUGAGGAGAAGAAGGGGGAGUACGACGACGCCGCCGCCGCCGCCGCCGCCGCCGACGACGAUGAUGAUGAUGAUGAUCAUGACGAUGAUGAUGAAGUCGAGGAGGAGGAGGAGGAUGAGGAGGAGAAGGAGGCGGACGAUGAUGAUGAUGAUAAUGAUGAUGAUGAUGAUAAUGAUGAUGAUGAUGAUGAUGAUGAUGAUGAUGAUGAUGAUGAUGAUGAUGAUGAUGAUGAUGAUGAUGAUAAUGAUGAUGCAGGCAGUGAACAUUUUAAUAAAUUGCCUUUCAAACCCGUUCACACGCCUGAACGAUAUGUACUUUUAUUUUGGUAAGUACAUCGGUAAUCGCCUUUCAAACCACACUGACACAUCAGAGCCGACAAAACGUUAAAACAAAUGCCGGAAGAAGUUGAAAUUUAUUUGUCUUGUUUUUAUUUGUAAGUGUUAGCUCACAAAUAAUGUAGAGGCAAUUUUGCAUGUCAGUCUGCGUUUAGUACGCCAGGAACCGUAACCACUGCCUGUAUGGAUAACUGCAGUAAAAUUAAGCAGACGACGAAUGCUAGGAGCGUCUGCUCUAACCACCGCAUCUGCCUGUUUAUAAUUCCCACUGGUACACUACAUAGUGUGUAUGUAUUCAACAGUAUUUAACAGCUUGUAAGACAACGAUGGCCAGUCUAUUUAUCAUUGAAAUCUGUACAUAUUGGCUGCUUUCAGGGAAAUUGGGGCUUUAUACAUGUCAAAUAAGAUUAGCCUGUGCACGCUGAUAAGCCUUUGAAAUGCGCACAGGCUAAUCAAGGACGACAUUUUCUGAUAUUGUGGUGUUUUUCGUUUAAAAAGAAUUUCUGGUACUUGGAUGACAUUUAUUCAUAUAUAUUAAGACCUAUUUUCCUAAAAUGAAGCUUACAUUAUCUUUUUUAUUAAUGAUUUGAAACAAAAACACACUCGAUCUGGGCUUUAAGACACACUCUUUAUAAAUUUGAAUGGAUUGUGGUCAUAUAAAAACUUGCGAUAUAAAAAGCUUUAACAUAAUUUUGAAACUGAGUUUCGUCUAAGAUUAUACAACAGCGAACAAAUUCAGUGCCUUCAACGCUUUGAAUUUUUUCUUGGCGGGUACAAACUUGUCGGGUUUGCGUCUGUGAUUUAUUGCUCUGGCGUGUUGGUGGGUUUGAAAGGAGAAAUCACUAUGGCACGCAAAAAGGCAUUCCUUCGUGUAUCAUUCUGGCGGGCAUAUUUGUCCUUCUUAUGUGUUUUCGUUUAAUCGCUUUUAAAUCCUCCACGUGAACACGCUAUGACGAUAAAGAUACGAUACCCUCGCGUGAAGAUAAAGGUAUUAUAACUGAAAAAAAUAACGAAAUGCAAAAUGUUUAAUUAGCUAUAGUGAAGAUCCUCACGUCGAUCCAGUGUUUUUACAUCUUAUAAUCAAAUAAUAAGUCUUUAUCAAUAAAAUAAACUAGGGACCAAUACAAGUUCGCCUCUACCUUUGGUCGUUCCAAUUAUGGGUUUGAUAUAAAUCAGUUAAAACUAAUAAUACAUUGUUAAUCAAUCUCUUGAGACCGACUUUUAGUCCAAAGGUCUUAUCCAAAGGUAUUAUCAAAUUGCGGUUUCAUCCUACUUUGGCACAAAAUUACAGUUUUUGUUUAACAUUUGUUUUCAUAACAAUUUGAGUGGUAAGAGAUACGCCUUUUAAAGUUUCUGUGGCAUGACAAACGCUUAUAAAAUAAGACAUAAUAUCAUCAGAUCUUAAAAUAAACUGAAAUGUUUAAGCAUACAGAAAUCCUCCCCACUGUGAGGUGGUGAGGUGUUGUUUGUCAUUGACAAUUCAUUUUAUAACGAUUUGGGUAACUGCCAAACAUCGAAAAAUUUGUAUAGACUUAUUGAUUAAGAACACAGUCAUACAAUGAAAGUUUUUUGCGCAUAUUUUUUGCGAUUGAGCUAUCGUUAAAAUUGACAUACUUCAUAUUAUACAAAUUCGUUGAACAAGUCGGAAAACUGCAUUUAAAGAAAAGGUUUAUUAACUGAAAAGGAGAUUACUCUUAGAAGAUCUAUAUCAUUUGCAACCGAGUUGGGAAUGCGAGCUUUACAUGCGUUUAUUGCUUAACUUCUUUGGAUUGUUAAAAAAUGACGAAUCUGUCUGUGGGUUGUUUAAUUAUAGGUGUCUUACUUAUGAAGGUGAAUAAUUGCAACACAGCUUGUUCAUCAGCAGCUUUGGGCACUACUUGCCGAGACACGAGAAAGGACACGAAGGGAGACACUGGUGAAUCUUAUUAUGAAGAAAGUGCCACUGAGAGUUUGACAACAACCGACGUUACAAGUGAAUAUGUGGAGGAUGGUUUGGGACUAUACGCCUUACCUGUAAAAUAUUUGACUACAUUCGAAAUUCAACAGGCAUAUUUUGAGUUUGUUGGGGUAACGCCACCAUGGAGACCAGCUUUAAACACUUCUUGCAAAGACACGAGUAAUGACACGAAGGGAGACACUGAUGAAUUUGGGGUAUCGCCACCAUGGAGACCAGCUUUAAACACUACUUGCAAAGACACGAGCAAUGACACGAAGGGAGACACUGAUGAAUUUGGGGUAACGCCACCAUGGAGACCAGCUUUAAACACUUCUUGCAAAGACACGAGCAAUGACACGAAGGGAGGCACUGAUGAAUAUUAUGGUGGAUAUAAUACCAUUGCGAGAUGGACAAGAGCCGGCUUGACACGUCAUCAGAAGGAGUAUAUGAAUAUCGUAGAAUGGAAUCCACCGGAAUUGAGACUAGUUUCGGGUACUUCUUACCAAGACAUGAGCAAUGACACGAAGGCAGACACUGAUGAAUACUUUGACAUUAUUGGUGGGUGCAAGACGGCUCAAGCCCAUUCCCCGCCAGGUCGAGGCCGAAGUUCAGGAAUCCGUACAGCAUCCCGUAAAGCCGUUAAUGUCCAUUCGGUUGACUCUGAUGAAUCUGUAUCCGAAAAUAACUACGACGCUGUUGUUUGGUAUAACCAAAACGACCCUGGCGACAAUGAGUUCCUACAAGAGCUAAUAGAGGAGCUAGAGGGUAGAAGAGGUAUUCGUCUCUACGUUACAGGUCGCGAUGAUCUGUCUGAUGCUUACGGAAACACACGUACCGCUCAAGAGAUCGAGAGAAGGUGCCGAAGGGCGAUAAUCGUCGUGUCAAGGUCGUUUCUUCAAAGCACACUUAACGACUUCCAGCGACGGUUUGCAAAGACAUCAACACCAGGCUCUAGAAUUGAACUUUUUCCAAUUACCCGAGAAGACGGCGUCGUCGUGCCAAGAAGGCUCCAAGGUCGGAAUACUUACGACCUUAGUAAUACCAACAUGGUUGAGGCAACUUGGGACCGUCUGACAUUAGACAUAAGAGCGUGGAUCGGACCAGAGUCUCAUCUAGGACAAAUAAGUCAUCCAGACUUGCGGUCAGUCGACGAAAGUAACCAAACAACACCCAAAGAUGUAAUCCCUUCUCGGCAUGUUCGACCUGCAGGUCUAAAUGGAUCAUCUGCUCCAAUCACACCAGAAACAUAUCAAAAUAUGCGGACCGACUUACAAAUGCUCCUUAAGAAAAGGAAGACGACAGAUUCCGUCCAUAAUCACCGCGAUUUAACUCCGACCGAAAUGCAUAUAGAAACGCCUCUGGAGCAAGUAGACGAAACAGAACCCAAACGAUUGAUAUUGUCUGAAGACCAAAGCGAGUCCAUGUUUCCUGAAAUGCUAGAAUACCAACACCAACCAACAACUUGGAUGCUUAGAGACGAAAUUGCACGCGGUAUGCCUUCGCAAAAUCUUACUCUUGCACAUUCAGGCGACCAAACCUCGUACCAAACACCUCCGUUACUUGAAGACCGGACAUCAAGCCGACGUUCACAAUCGGCUGACCUCGGAGAUCCAAAAUAACUUGCGAAUCGAAACUUUCAAAAAAACGCACAUUUAGACAUCAAUACUGUGCUUGUGAGCUGUGUUUCGUUAACAGUCGGACGAAGUAACAACUCAAGCACCGUUGUGCACCGGCGCCAUUGCUAAUCGUGAAACAAAUAAUAAACGUUUACCAGCAAGGUCGACCGAUGGAUUUUUUUGCAGGACGAGUCCUUUUUUAUAUAUACUUUUUUGCUGACGUAUGACGUUUGAAGUGUUAAUUAUAGAACAAAUAUGAUGCAGAGCUGUUUAGGAAAUUAUUUUCAACAGUCGUACUUGUGUUGUCAUACUUUUCCAUACAUCUAGUAUGUUGUCAUAUUACAAUCGUGUUUAAAAUAUCUUUAUUUGUGUAUCAUUAUUACUGUAUUAUAGUCAGUUUCAGUUGGCAGAAUGCAUCGACUAAUGGAACUUACUUGUUGCUUUUCAGCACAUUUAAUUGGAUUAAAAAUUGGAUUCCUGAAAGAAUUCAAAAUACUAUGUACAUAUACUUUUUCGAAGUAUUUCAUGUAAUUUUGUAGAACUGCGGACCGCAUGGGCUAAUCGAAGAGGUACUCUACCCGAUGCAUUAAGCAUAGUGUUCCCUGAGGGUUUUUCAAACGGUGUGACUAUUGUUUAUCUAAUUGGUAAUUAGUUUAGUUUUCUGGGUGUUUUAGGGGUUAUUGCAUUUGUCCAUAAAAGCCAGACUGUUGUUAUUUUCUGCAACGUUGUUUAUUUUAACUGCAAGUUCUACACGUUAUUUUUCGAAAAAACAGAAUAUGCAAUCGAUGUUCAAAACCUAAACAAAGCUGAACCGCAAGCACGGUAACGCCAGUGUUUCGAGUUUGGCACACACGAGUUAAUUACACGUGUGUUUAUAUACAAAUGGCAACCUCCAUCCCUUCAGUACCAAUAACAAAAAUCGAACUUUGCAUAAACUUAAUGAAUUUUAUGUAAAUGAACAUAUGUCAUCCAAAUUAAUUUGAAUGUUAUUAAGUGCUAUUUAAUUAUGUAUUGUGUGCCAUAUUUAAUUUGAAAUGGAUAAGAUAAAUCCCAAAACUUACUUUAACAGUAAAGGUUAUUUACCUAAAACAUGGUCAUAUGUUAACACUGGUAGUAUUUUGCCUUUUUCUGUAGUUUUGUAUUAAGUAGCGUGUUUAUAUUUGUUUACACAUGUUUAUAAUUAUGAAUUAUGAAUAUUCACAAAUUAUACGAUUUUAUGGUCUAUUGUAAAAUCACUUCCAGACUAGAACUCGAGCGAUAAAAUGCUUUAUAUACUCUUUAUUGCGAUAAAUGUAUCUUUUGAAAGCAUGUUAACGGGACAUUUAUAUUUUAAUUUUUUUCGUAAAUGCUGAAUUUUACAAAGUUUUUUAUACUCGUUAAACAAAAAUAUAUCAUUUUUUGCUGAUAUCCAAUUUAACGUAUUUUUAUAUAAAUGUUUAUAUCUUUUAUACAUGUAAUUUACCAUAUUAAAUGAAACAUUCCUAUAGGAAAACAUGCCUUAGCGCAAAAAUAUACACAAUCGAUAACAACAAAAGUUUGCGGUGGAUAUUUACCAAAUGUAUCGACACAAAUAGCUGACUUUUUAGUCUUUAUGGUACAGCCUUACAGUUUUAUAAUCUACAUAUUACACCAUGUAAAUAUUCAUUUUGGUUUCAAUUUCGUGUAAUCUCAAUAGUCGAAUGCACUUUUGUUUCUGUCUAAAAUAAAUACAUAUUUCUGUGGUUGUGGUGAAUAAAAUUAUAGUUCUCUUCAUAAAUAAAUUGUGUUAAAAAUGA